CCCUUUGAUAACAACCGAUAGAGCCAAACCAACCCUACGGAAAAACACAGCCAUGGAUCAAUCCACUGAAUAUCAGCAACACCUCCAACUUCAACAUCAUCAUCAACAACACACAGUCUCUGAUCCAUAUCAACUUCAAAUUUACGAUCAAUCAACACAAGCUUACUACACAUACGAUCAAUACAAUCCACAACAAUACACAUAUUACCACCAAGAUUACAACAGUGCUUAUCAACAAUACCUCCACCAACAACAAUCUCAGCAAGAACCCACUUCGAUUCACCCUCCUGGGGUUCCUAUUCCACAUCAACCAACCCAAAUGGCUGACCCAGAACAGCUUUUGGGGAACAAUUCUUAUUACCCAAAAGGGGUUUUGGAUCAACACCAACUGAAUUCACAACAGUGGCAGGGAAAUAAUGGAGGGUUUGGACAGGUAUCAAUAAAUAAUGAACCCCAUUUGCUGAUCCGGCAAUCUCAAUAUAGGGGUGCAGGUAGAAGAGGUGGUCGACCGUUCAGAGGAGGUGGUCGCGGCCAUUUUGCUAGGGGUCGUGGUAGGCACUUUCUGUCAAAUUCUGCAUCAAUGCCAGCUGUGGACACAGCGACAUUUGUUCAUGGAGAAGCAUCACACAUCCAAGGAGAGCCACCUCAAACACUAAUGGCACCACCAUAUGCAUCUGGUCCUGUGCAGACACCACUAAAUGCCCCAGCUCAAGUACGUCCGACUCCAAUCCGGCAGCCUCCACGAAUGGCAUGGUGUGAACUCUGCAGGGUUGAUUGCAACACUUAUGAAAUCCUCGAACAACACAAAAAUGGAAAGAGGCAUAAAAAGAACUUGAAGGUAUAUGAAGAGUUGCAGAAUCUCCAAAAAAUUUUGGUUGGACAAAAUGAGCAAAUGCCUGUCUCCGAAGUUAAACCAGAAGUUUCUGUUCAACCUGAAAAUGUUGGUGGAUCAGGGAAUAAAUCACAAGAAAACUUGUCCUCUGAAGCUGCUACUGAAAAUAAAGUUGAAACUGAUGAGCAAAAAGUUUCAGGGGAACAAGAACCAACAGAGGAACCAGCAGGAAAGCAGAGGACGGAUCGAUUUGAAGCUCGAAGGCGUGGUCUAAAGCGUAAGAUGAGGGGAGGCCAAGGCGGUAAGUGGAUGAGAACUUAUGAAGGGUCAAGAAGACAAGUGGAGCCUCCUCCGAAACCCAAAGAAGUGAUUCCCUUAAUAUGUGAGCUGUGCAAUGUUAAGUGCGAGUCACAGGUGGUUUUUGAAACUCAUUUGGCUGGUAAAAAGCACCUUUCAAACUUCAAGCGGUUCCAGGAUGAGCAAGCUAUGCUUGGACAAGCAGCUCUUCAAGCACUUUACCCAGCACUUCAGGCACUUUACCCAGCACUUCAGGCACUUUGCACACCUAACUCUAAUGCUUCAACUUCCUUUGCCCCUCAAUUUCAUCAAGAACUUGUUCAUGGUCCUCAAGGAUUUUUUCCUCAGCCAGGGCCUGUUAUGUUUCCUGAAGGCGAGGCACCAGGACCAGGUAACACAUCGGCAUCAGCUCCACCACCUGUCUUAGAUAUCCAAGAUCAACAAGAUUCUGGUUCACAAGUCACAUCAGAAGCUGCAAAUGGUAAUGCUGUUACAGUGGAAGCCAAACCUCAGCCGGAAUCUGUGACAGUAAAUUUCGAAGCUGAACCAGCUUCAAGGAAAGAAAACAAAUCUGAGGAUGGAAAAUCUGAAAGCGAGGAGAUUAAUCAUCCCACUGAUAACUCAGUUGUGGCUGUUUUGGGUAACAAAGUUGCUGGAUCUGAGCAAGUUAGUUCUGGCACAGCAACAGGUGAAGCUGGUGUGUUGCCCACUUGCCGAAUUGUGCCCUCUGCCCAGGUUGCUAUCCCUUGAAUCAACAGCAAAAUGGAGGAUGAGCUUGAGUCAAAGAACAAAGUGCCUACUAAUUAAUUUAUUUUUUAUUAUUAAUUUUUUUUUUGGGGGGGGCGGUGGGGGGUGGGGGUUGUUGUUUUAGUUUAUAAAUCCCUCGAGUCUGUCUAUUUAAAAGCUGUUGCAUGCUUCUUGUACCCAAUAAUUCACAAGGAUGUUUAGAUGAAUAAGAGACAACUUUAGAAAUAGAUUGAAAAUUGCAUUUGUUAGAAACAAGAGAAAUUGUUUGCGGCUAGGGUGCCCUUUGCUAAUGUGUUUGUAAGAGCUUGAAGCAUUUUGGGAAAUCUACAAGGCUAGUUGAAAA